CAUAUGAAAGUAGAGCUUUUCUCUCAUUUCCUCUUUAGACCAAAAUCACACAGAGCUUUGUAUUUCUACCUCCCUCUACUCUCUCUCUCUCUCUCUGAAGCUCACACUCUCUCUUUCUCUCUCUAAAAGUCUCUCUCUGCGUCAUCCAUAAGAGCAGGGUUUUGAAGCAACUUCGAGGUUUUUGUGAUGGAAAAUGGGGUUGAGAUUGUUGAUGGGUCUCAAGCGGGAGAGGAGAGUGUGGAAGUUGAGGUUUCUGAGGAGAUAAUAGAGGAGAGGGUUGUGGUGGGCUCUGAUGAAUCGAAGGAUUUGUAUGGUGAAGAGGUUUUUGACGACGCAAUGAGUACCCUAAAGCUUUUGCAGGAGCAGGUGGCGGAGCCUGAUUCUGGGUAUGGUGUGUCUUGUGGUGGAGGUGGGAAUGUUGAGCUGAUUCCUGAAUCUGUUUUGCAGGCGGUUGAUGAGAAUCCAAAUGCUGGACACGAGGUUGAGAAGUUUGAGGAGGCGGCUCAAUUUUUCGAGGCAUCGGUGAUUAUUGAAGAUAAGGUGGAUGAUUUGGUGGGUGGAAAGAGUGUUGAUGGGUCUGUGGUGGUGGAUGAGAUUGAUGAGGGAGGGAAUGAAAAAGUGGCAGAGACUGAUGAAUUGAAUGGGUCGAGGGAUCAUGGGGGAUUUGAUGGUGGAGAAAAUGGUGGAGAGGAGGUAUCUGAGGUUGGUACUGGUGGAGAGAAGGAAGUCUUGAAGGGUGAGGAUGAAGUGGAAUUUAAGUCUGGUCUAGUAGUUGAAAACUCUGAAAAUAAGGUUUUUGAUCAUGUUAAUUUGGAGCAUAUUCCUGUAGAUGAAAAAUUAGAAAAUGGAGGAGGUGAUAAGGUGGGAGGAGUUUUCGUUGAGUCUCUUCAAAAAACUGAAUUGCAUAGGGAGAUUCUAAAUGAAGAUGGUAAUGGUGAGAAACUGAAGGGUGAUAACUUGGAUACUGAAUGUCAAGACAAUGAGAGCAGGGAAUUCAAAGAUGCUAGAGCUGGAAUUUUUUCAAGCCAUGAGGAUGAUAGCAGUGAUGAGGCAAGGGUCAUUUCAUCUCAUAUGGAUACAGAACAUCAGGAUUGCAGGAAUGGGGAAGCGAAAGAUACUCAAGCUGGAGUUGAUUCUGAGCGUCAUGUGGAACCUUGUGAACUGAAAGACACUUCAGUUGAUCUGCAUACGUUUGUGGAGGAAAGUCCAGUUGUUUCUGUAAUUGGAAGCUCACCUGCUGCGGAAUUAUCUAGAACUGAAAAUACUGAAAAAUUUCAGGAUAAUACAACUGAUAUGAAAGCAGAGGAUCAUGAAGUUUCUGAACAUAAGCGUGCAGAUGAAAAUGAUCAUGAAGUUCUAAACAACCACACGGUGGCUGAGGAGACUAUGAUGAAGGAAGAAAAUGUUGGGCAAGAGAAGCAAAGAACUCAAGUUAAUGGAGAACAGGAGAUACAGCCAGCACCAGAGCUUGCUUCUUCACAUGGAAAAUCUACAAAUCCUGCUCCUCCUCCUGCACGUCCUGCUGGUCUUGGACCACUAUUGGCUGAGGAGACUAUGACGAAGGAAGAAAAUGCUGGGCAAGAGAAGCAAAAAACUCGAGUUAAUGGAGAACAGGAGAUACAGCCAGCACCAGAGCUUGCUUCUUCACAUGGAAAAUCUGCAAAUCCUGCUCCUCCUCCUGCACGUCCUGCUGGUCUUGGACGUGCUGCACCACUAUUGGCUGAGGAGAAUAUGACGAAGGAAGAAAAUGCUGGGCAAGAGAAGCAAAAAACUCGAGUUAAUGGAGAACAGGAGAUACAGCGAGCACCAGAGCUUGCUUCUUCACAUGGAAAAUCUGCAAAUCCUGCUCCUCCUCCUGCACGUCCUGCUGGUCUUGGACGUGCUGCACCACUAUUGGAACCUGCACCUCGGGUGGCUCAGCAGGCUCGUGUGAACGGUAAUGUAUCUCAAAUGCAAACCCAACAAAUUGAGGACCCAAUCAAUGGAGAGGCUGAGGAGUAUGAUGAGACUCGUGAAAAACUCCAGAUGAUAAGGGUGAAAUUUUUGCGCCUUGCACAUAGACUCGGACAGACUCCCCAUAAUGUUGUUGUGGCGCAGGUUUUGUACAGAUUAGGAUUAGCUGAGCAGCUCCGAGGGAGAAAUGGGGGCCGUGUUGGUGCCUUUAGCUUUGACCGUGCUAGUGCAAUGGCAGAGCAGCUUGAGGCAGCAGGGCAGGAACCCCUUGAUUUCUCUUGCACAAUUAUGGUUCUUGGGAAGACAGGAGUUGGUAAAAGUGCAACCAUCAAUUCAAUAUUUGAUGAAGUCAAGUUCAGCACUGAUGCUUUUCAAAUGGGUACAAAGAAGGUGCAGGAUGUUGUGGGAACGGUGCAGGGUAUUAAGGUACGGGUCAUUGACACUCCAGGGCUUCUUCCUUCCUUGUCGGACCAGCGCCAAAAUGAGAAGAUCCUCCUCUCUGUUAAGCGCUUUAUUAAGACAACUCCUCCAGAUAUUGUAUUGUAUCUUGAUAGGUUGGACAUGCAGAGCAGAGAUUUUAGUGAUAUGCCGCUCUUGCGCACCAUCACUGAGAUAUUUGGACCAUCAAUAUGGUUCAAUGCAAUUGUGGUUUUAACUCAUGCAGCAUCUGCUCCACCUGAUGGCCCAAAUGGUACUGCUUCUAGUUAUGACAUGUUUGUGACCCAACGAUCUCACGUUGUCCAGCAAGCCAUUCGUCAGGCAGCUGGAGAUAUGCGGCUUAUGAAUCCUGUUUCCUUGGUGGAAAACCACUCCGCUUGCAGAACAAAUAGGGCUGGGCAGAGAGUGCUACCAAAUGGUCAGGUUUGGAAGCCUCAUUUGUUAUUGCUCUCUUUUGCAUCAAAGAUUCUGGCCGAAGCGAACACACUUUUAAAGUUGCAAGAUAGUCCUCCUGGGAAGCCUUUUCCUAAUCGAACAAGAGCACCUCCUUUACCUUUCCUUCUCUCAUCCCUUCUCCAAUCAAGGCCACAGUUGAAGAUGCCUGAGGAGCAGUUUGGUGAUGAAGAUGAUUUAGAUGAUGAUCUGGAUGAGUCAUCAGAUUCGGAUGAGGAAUCAGAAUUCGAUGAAUUGCCACCAUUUAAACGUUUGACAAAGGCCCAGGAGGCAAGGCUCACCAAAGCUCAGAAGAAGGCAUAUUAUGAUGAAUUGGAAUAUAGGGAAAAGGUUUUUAUGAAGAAACAGUUGAAGGAAGAGAAAAAGAGACGGAAGAUGAUGAAGAAGAUGGCUGCUUCGGCAAAGGAUCAGCCUAGUGACUUCAGUGAGAAUGUUGAAGAAGAAAGUGGUGGAGCAGCAUCUGUGCCAGUUCCCUUGCCAGAUUAUGCCUUACCUGCUUCUUUUGAUUCUGAUAAUCCUUGUCAUCGGUAUCGCCAUCUUGAUUCAUCCAACCAGUGGCUUAUUAGGCCUGUUCUAGACACCCAUGGUUGGGAUCAUGAUGUUGGUUAUGAAGGCAUAAAUGUGGAGAGAUUGUUUGUGGUUAAAGACAAAAUACCCUUAUCUUUUUCUGGUCAGGUUACAAAGGAUAAGAAGGAUGCCAAUGUCCAACUGGAAGUUGCCAGUUCAAUAAAGCAUGGUGAAGGGAAAGCAACUUCAUUAGGUUUUGAUAUGCAGACUGUUGGAAAAGAUUUAGCUUACACACUACGCAGCGAGACAAGGUUUAGUAAUUUUAGGAAGAACAAGGCAACUGCUGGUCUCUCAGUUACGCUCUUGGGUGAUGCCUUAUCAGCUGGAUUGAAACUUGAAGACAAAUUGAUUGCUAAUAAACGGUUCCGGUUGGUUAUGACUGGUGGUGCAAUGACGGCCCGUGGUGAUGUUGCAUAUGGUGGUAGUUUGGAGGCCCAGUUGAGAGAUAAGGAUUACCCUCUGGGACGUUCUCUAUCAACUCUUGGGCUUUCUGUUAUGGAUUGGCAUGGUGACCCUGCUAUUGGUUGUAAUAUACAAUCCCAGAUCCCUAUAGGGCGAUCUUCAAAUUUGAUUGGUCGUAUCAAUUUGAAUAACAGAGGGGCAGGACAAGUAAGCAUUCGCUUAAAUAGCUCGGAACAGAUUCAAAUAGCUUUGGUCAGCCUUAUUCCUCUUCUCAGAAAGCUACAUGGUCAUUUUGAACAAUUGCAGUCUAGUCAAUGAUGUUAUUAGGUUAUACUGCAGCAGCUUCAUGGUUAUAGGAGAUAACUUUACAUGGCCAUCUCUAAUGGCAUCCUCAAGAGUGAGUGAUACUGAGCUGCUUAUUUCAUAUUUUCUUAGCCCCCAAAAUAACUUUUCUUGAGUAUAGUAAUUUUGUCUUCUUCAGUUAGAUAUCCGCAUUUGGUGAAUUUUGUUCUCGUUAAGCUACUGGACCAAGUAUUGCAGCUUGUUCAAUUAUGUUUUUGUCUUAAUUAUCUCUCUACUGGUGUGAAAAUUCAUUA